AUGGUCCGCCGCCUCCCGUGGACGCAUCCACACCUUAAAGUCGGCCACGCCGUCGAAAGCAAAACUCAACCAAUAUCCAGGAAGCGGGCUACGUCUACGGCCAUCGCUACCGCUACCACCCCCAUCAUCGAUACCGGAACCCGCGAUAUCAGCAGUUACUUCACAGCUACGAGAAAAAUGAGCUACCGGACCCCGCGCCGCGGCGGCGGCCGACGGCUAACGUAUAAUAGCGGCGGCGGCAGCAGCAGAACGACGACCCCCUAUACACCCAAUCGCGGCGGCGGCAGGACAUAUUCCCCCUCGCCCCCUCCUUCGCAAAAGAAGCGUCUCGACGGGCUCUUCCUCGAAGGAAACUGGUACUGCAACUGCCAGCCGCGAAACACGGCCAAAUUCCUACAAGUCAGCAAGAACACGGCCAACAAGGGUCGGUGGUUCUACACGUGCGAGAAGCGGCGCGGCGGCUGCAACUUCUUUCUAUGGGCCGAGGACGCGGAGAACAGGGCCGAGGGGGCGACCAUGACGUUGCCGCCCAUGCCGCAAGAUGGUGCUGCUGCUGCUGCAACGCCUCGUCGGGCGACUGGCCAGACUCCAGGUGGUUUCACGCCGGGUACGGCUUCCACUAUCAAACCCUCUGCGAUGAGAGCGGCGGCGGCGGCUUCUUCAACGGCAACGAUGGAACCGCCGUCGUCGCCUACGGCGCAGAGAAGCGCCGCCAAGCAAAAGUUCAUGGAUACCUACUUCAAGAACAGACCUGUCCAGGUGCCCGCGGAAGAAGAGCCAAACGAUCUCAUGGUCACGGACGAAGAAGCCGAGCUCCACGCGACACCCGCGCAGAGAAAGAGGAAGAGAGUCCUCUUCGACUUUGACUCUGACGACGACAACGGAGAAGAAGCACAGGGGCAGGGGCGAGGAGGAGCCGGGACCGACGACUACGGUCUUGACGACGACGUCUCCUCGGACGAGGAGAGGGCCAUGACCGAGGCCAUGGAACGCAGCGCCAAGAAGCUCCGCAUCGAGGAUAGUGGUGUUGGUGGUGGUGGCGGCGGUGCGCCUUCCACGCCCGCUGCGCAGCGUACGGUGCAUGGCGGUGCGCUGCCUACGCCGCAGACAGUCAGCCGAACCCUCUUCCCCGACGCGAAACGCCGCAAGGUCGUCGAGGACGUCGUAGGGGAGAUCUCCCCAGGCAAUGUCUCCUUUUCGACGAGCACCUCGUCAGCGACACUCGGACGCUCAACAGCAGGAGCGGGAACCGUGCCCCCUUCCUCCUCGCCGCCAACCUCGACCCCACAAGAAGAACAGCUCGAUCCAACAGAGGAAGUCAUGGCCCUAAUCCACCAGGGUCAAAACGGCGUGGACGUCGCCGCCGUCAGAGCCGUGCUGGGCCGGUUCGCGAUGAAGGCCAAGGGGCUGGCGCGGGGCCGGGACACGGUGCGGACGGCGCUCAAGGCCAAGGACGAGAAGAUUGCGGAGUUGCAGGAACGGGUCGCGAAUCUGGAGGCGCGGGCGAGGACGCAGAGAGAGCAGAUUGCGGAUUUCAAGGCUGGCAUGAUGGAUUUGUAUUCGAAGCAUUGA